GGCAACCAUUCUGACAGAGCAGAGAACUUGUGAUGGAACGAGAUGCCGACUACCUUGGCAGAUACAGGAGUAUUUCUAACAAACUUAAGAAACGGUUCUUGAAGAAACCCAAUGUUGCAGAGGGCAGCGAACAGUUUGCUUCUUUAGGGAAGACUUUCCGCCAGCAAGAAUGCCAGCAAUAUGCAGGCUUUUGUUCCUUAGCACAAGCAAGAUGUGAGCAUACCUUGGCCAACCCAGCAGGUGAGGCCCAAGCACUGACUGAAGCAGGCAGGGCCUUCAUGGAGGCAGAGAUGGCAGACAGAGAGCUGGAUUGUCCUUGCUUUGAGGAAAAUCUGACUGCUGCCAUCAACUGUUAUGGGCAUGCAGUCAGGGUACAUAUAGAAUCUAAGCAGUCUGCCUUGGCUGCAGCACUUUGUGUAGAACUGGGAGACUCCCUGAGGGGUCUUGGUAAGUCUGGAGAGGCCAUGGCACACUAUCAGAGAGCAGCAGAGCUACAGUAUCAGAACCCCCUGGACUGUCUGUUUUCUAUGGGCUUUGUGGCAACUUGUAAAAUUGAAACAGGUGAUUUUGAUGGUGCUUUGGCAGUCCUUACAGAAAUGGCUUACUUAGCUCAAGAGAGAGGAGGUGGUAACAGUGGCAAACCUCUAGGUGCCUUCUGUGACAUACUGGCCAGAUGCGAAGUUACAAGGGUGCUGCUUUUAAUGCUUCUACAGCCCACUCCUCAGAGGAUACGACCAGAACAUGCCCAGACCCUGGAAAAGUAUACAUGGGGAGCCUCAGACACAGAAGACAGUACAUCAGUGCAAUGUAUCAAUGAAGAUCUUUUUCUAUUACUGCAAUCAGUCGUGAUGGCCUGUCAGUCAAGGGAUACAGAAUCUUUAAAAUCCCUACAGGUAGAGCUAUGGCCCCUCUUGUCUGCAGAACAGAACCAGUUACUCCAUCUAGUGGUGAAGGAACUGUCAAGUUCAGCAAAGGAGUGACCUUCAAACUGUAUUUUAAAGUGAAAUGUGUAUUAGUGUGUAAAUAUGUCCAUAUAGUUCCUGCAAGGCAGAUUCACAAUGGCUUUUGAUGAAGACCUUAUAUAAGGCAGGGCAAAGAAAGAUGCUUACACAUUGUAGCUAAUUUAUUUGAACAUAAAAGAUGUACAUAUAAGAUAACAGAGCAGUUUGAGGAAUUCAUUGGUAUUCUCUAAUGUGCUUACAAUUUCCUUCUAGUUAGAAAGUCUUUUGCUUGUCAGUGCAUGCAUUCCUAAUAAGAGAUCUUUACAAGAAACUUUCCAAAAUACGGAUAAAAGUAAAUGUGGAUUAGAUGUGGACAGUUCCAAGAAGCUCAAGCUGUGAUUACACAUCAUUUUUAUUAUUUGGUUGACACAUGCAAUAGCCCAAUAGGGAUCCAUUAUAUAUGUGGUUAUAUCAAACACAACAUGAUUGUCCUGACUAGUCUUGUAUACAAAAACAUGAAUUCAUUAAAAUAACAACAUGAAAAAUAAAUUUAAA